AUGGCGACUGCCGAAGGAGUUGAAGUGUUCGAAGAUACAAUUGAUCAGGUUUCUUCAGACUUGCAUGGUAGGAUUUUGUUGAAACGUGAACAGAAAAAAGCCCUCAUUGAUCUGUUGCUAAAAAAGGAUGUUUUAGCAGUGCUUCCGACCGGAUUCGGGAAAAGUUUGAUUUAUCAAUACUUUGUUCUAUCCAAGGCAAAACAGAGAGUACAUCAAGGGAGUGUGUGUGCUUCUGCCCUCAUUAUUUGCCCGCUCUUAAGUAUCGUCGAUGACUAAAUAAAGGAAGCAAAAGAUCUCGGUAUCACUGCCUGUCGAUUAAAGGACUUUCUAGAUGAAGAAACUUCAACGUUACGUCCAAAACAACUUAUGUUUGCCAGUGCGGAAGACGUAUUGUCGCCCACAUUUCGGAACCUUCUUAAGAAUAAUUCCAUUUUGAAUGAAAGUAUUGAGUUGCUGGUUAUCGACGAGUCGCAUACCGUCGAAACUUGGACUUCUAUGAGGUAUAUCAUAUGGCAUUUUGAUACAAAAAUCAUUUGAAUAUUUAUAUAAUGUAAUUAUAUCUUGUUUCGUGGAACACCACAAAAUAUUUAUUCUCCAUGUUGCAUUUUGUUCGGUUUUGCAGAGAAUUAUCUAAGAUUUUGUGGGUAACUAAAUAACCCCCUCCAUCAAAUAAACCCUCGUCUGUAAUAAGCUCCCCCCCCCCUUCCAUAGGACCUGAAAUGAUUAAGCAUAAGUCCCCUGGGGGACUUAAUAGAGAGUUUGAAAAGUAAUAUGUCACUCUAGAUUUCGAUACAAUGUUGUUUCAGGGUCACUUAAUAAAUUAUCCUUUCUAAAUUUUAGCAAUCAUCUAUUUAUAGAGACAAAUCGAGAAGAAGGUAAACUAUAAUAAGACGUACUAUACAAUGAAUGGUAUUCCUGUAAAACAUUUCUCUUUGUUACUAUCAUUAAAAAAUGUACUAUUACAGUAUUAUGUUAACUUGCAAAUUCUCCUCUUCUGGGAUAAUAGACAGAGUAAGAUUUAAGGGUACAUUGCCAGUUAAUAGGUUAAUAUAGUAUUACCUAUAUUUGUUUUUUAUUAUUUAUAGCAAUACCCAAAACUUAGUGUGAAUCUCUUUGUGCUGUAUACAUUACUAGGUGGGUAUGCUGAUCAAUUUUGACUUGCCUCAUUGACUUACAGUACAACUGUAUGUACUGUAUGUACCAUGUAUGUACUUGUAGACAAUAAGAAAUCAAUACAUUGUUUUGUUAAUUAUAUUAAGGAACACCAGUUUUGGCAUUAACUGGCACAGCUGAUAAAGCAACGAUGCAAGCAAUUGUUUCAAGUUUGUCUCUUAAAGAACAGACAGAUAUUCAUGUGAGUCCGAAUCGUCAAAAUAUCCGGAUGUCAGUGUUCAAGUGUUCAAAGAUAAGUAUGCUCUCUCAUCUUAAUUGGUUGAUAGAACUUGUACGUAAUAACGGUUUGGAUACUCCUAAAACGCUAUUUUUUUGCAAUACUAUGAAUGACAUUGCAACCAUAAGCAAUUACAUUCUUCUCAACCUGGCUGAUAAUGCAUUUCAUCCAACAAACGUUCAGACAGCUGAUAACUGCCUUAUUGGUAUUUACCAUUCCACUACUUGGGAUUCUCAAAAAGACAGAAUUGUAAAAGCUAUGAAGGGUACUGAACAUUUGUCAACUAGGAUAAUUGUUAUUGCCACUACUGCACUCAGUAUGGGAGUGAACUUUCCCGAUAUUCGCUAUGUUAUAAAUUGGGGUUCACCAAGAUCUUUAUUGGAUUACCAUCAAGAAAUUGGAAGAGCUGGAAGGGAUGGUAAGCAGUCCUAUGCCAUCACUUAUUUCUUUGGUCAGCAACUCAGUCACUGUGAGGAUGAUGUGAAGGACUUUGUAAAAUCAACCGCCUGUUAUAGAGUUGCCAGCUUACUGCCAUUUGACAAGCAAGUAGAAUCAUUAACGCCACAGCAUAAUUGUUGUUCAAAUUGCAUGAAUCUUUGUUCCUGUGACAUGUGUCAGCAUAGUUCUACAACUGACUUGCCAUUUGAAUCUACUGCAGAUGGUAAGAAUUCAGAUCACCCCCAUGUUGUCCGAAGUGUUUCCUUGGAAGAUAGGCGAGAUGUAAGAGAUUCAUUAAUGGAAUUAUUUUGGACAAUAGUAAAUACAAGUGAUGAGCUUGAGGUAAAAUUUUACACUCAAGUAGUUGAUGAAAUUGUUGAAAGUUGCCAUACAAUUUUUACCGUCAAGGAUAUUAUAACAAAUUAUCCAAUAUUUACAAUGCGACGUGCUCUAAAAAUCCUGGAGAUUUUCGAUGAACUGUUUGGUGAUAUUUCAUUACUUCCUUCAUUUGAAGAGUUGGAAAUCAUCGACGAAUUACUCGAUCUCACUCCAUUCUCUGCAGUUGGAUUGGAUAGUAGUAUUAAUUCAUCAUCAUCUGACUCAGAGGUUAGUGACAGUGAUAAUAGCUAG